ACUACAUAGACGGGGACGGUGACUGGAGUGGUUGGUCGCCAUGCAGCGUAUCCUGCGGAAACGGCAACCAGAAGCGGACCAGAUCAUGCGGCUAUGCCUGCACAGCCACAGAGUCACGGACAUGUGACAUGCCCAGCUGCCCAGGGAUUGAAGAUGCUUUCAAAACAGCGGCGACAGAAGUCAGUCUUCUCGCUGGCACUGAAGAAUUCAAUGCAACAGAGCUCUUUGGAGUUGAUACAGACAGUUGUGAACGUUGGAUGAACUGCAAGAGCGAGUUCCUCAAGAAAUACAUGAGCAAAGUGGCCAACGACCUACCCAGUUGCCCCUGCUUUUACCCAACAGAGGUGGCCUACAGCGCCACAGACGUCCACGACAACACCACAAGGCGCAACUUCCGCUGGAAGGACGCCAGCGGACCAAAGGAGAAGCUGGAGAUCUACAAACCCACUGCUCGCUAUUGCAUCCGCUCCAUGCUAACGCUGGAAUCCACCACAUUGGCGGCCCAGCACUGCUGCUAUGAUGACAGCAUGAAGCUCAUCACACGAGGCAAAGGGGCCGGAACGCCCAACCUCAUAAGCACAGAGUUCUCUGCUGACCUGCACUAUAAAGUGGACAUCCUUCCAUGGAUCAUCUGCAAGGGUGACUGGAGCCGCUACAACCAGGCUCGCCCUCCUAAUAACGGACAGAAAUGUGCAGAGAACCCUCAGGAUGAGGACUACUACAAACAGUUUGAGGAGGCCAGAGAGUUUUGAGCUUAGAUGAUGCUAUGAACCUUCUAAAACAGAAGCAGAAUUCAUUUUGAAAACUGGCUGUGUGAUUAAACAGGACUUGCUAUGAGAAACAGAUGGAACAGCCAACAACAAGCACAGAAUAUCUUCAUAUGGUUUCCCUCAGAACCUCUGGUUGGUCUUUUCAGGGUGUUUUCACGGAAAGUAUAAUACCAAGUAACUCAUCGCGGUUCUCUUUGUAUUGUUUAUCUAUAUUACUUGGGAUAUCAGAUUUUUUUAUAAGGAGUAAAAGGGAAAAAAACUAAAGGGAAGUCAUAUCAGGAAUCACCCCACCAAUGAUCAGCUGACUGACAGCUGUGUCUUUGCAUGCUUGUAUUAUGCCCAACAUGCAGUGAGAAGCCCUCUCCUCAGGAUUCUUGGACAGAUUCAAGGAUAUCGGAUACAAUAUUCAGGUUCCUGUGUAAACAUGCAUAUAUUUGUCUAGUUGGAUGAACAGAGUUCCUAUAUAAUGUCCUGUUGUAUUACUUUUCCUUUUUUGCUAAAAACAAAACAGUCCUGCAUAAUCCUUGCAAAAUAUUUAUUGAGUCAUAGUUAUGUGUCGAUGGUAGGGGUUUGUGCAUAUAGAUGUAUGGACACAUUUUGAGUGCUAAAUAAAUAGUCUAGGUCACAUUAAACAUCAAAUGUUACUGACUCUCAAUGUGUUAAAUUUGCAGGAGAUGAUUCCAUAGGAACUGCAGAGGUUGAAGGGUCUUUCACCUUCUAUAUGACAGUCAAAUAAGAUCCGUCUUCAGAUAUUAAACACUUUAAGCCAUUCCACAAGACUCCUAUUAGCUCUAUCCAGAAACAGACCUAA